UUCGCCGAUAUUCGCCCUUGGUAACAGUGGUCCACGUCUAAAUUUUAAGAAUUAAACGUUUUUUAUGCACAUGGUUUGAAGUGUAUAAUAAUCUGAAGUAGUUGGAUAAACGUCUAAAUGAUAUCUUCGAAAGUUUACAAAACAUAUACUUGUUUCGAGUUAUCGUAAGGUUACAUGCUGGUUUACAAGCAGCAAUGAAUAACGAAGAUUUAUAUAUUGUUGGUGCUGAAUUUACGGAAUUAAAAUACGAUGGGUUCUGGGACUGGUUUGUUAGAAUAUCAGACAUACGUAUAUUUUUGAAAAAUGAACCUACCUACCUUAUUUCCCAGCUUGCGUUCAUUCUAGGUGGAUUAGCAACUUUGUUUCAUGCAAUAAUUCGUGGAGGAAGACUGCCUUACCUUUGGUUGGGUAUUCUUAUUCAUGGAGUUGUAGUUGAGUGUAUGUGCUACAUCCUUCCUGAUAUUGACAAUUUUUGGCACUCUCAAACACCAGUAAUAUUUUUGGGAAGAAGAUUGCCUUUGCACAUUAUGUUUUUGUAUCCUUGCUUCAUUUAUAAUUCCUCCAUUGGAGUAGCUAAAAUGCGUCUUCCACUGUGGGCUGAACCUCUGGCCGUUGGUUUAGGUGUAGUGCUAAUUGACAUUCCGUAUGAUAUAAUCAGCGUCAACUUCUUGCACUGGACUUGGCACGACACUGACCCGAACAUUGCUGAUAGACACUACUGGGUUCCAUGGAAUUCAUAUUAUUUUCACACUACUUUUGCCGCUAGUUUCACUUUUUGGUUUCAUUUUACGCGAAAAUACAUUUGUAACAGCGAAGGGAAAUGGGUCCCAGAUAAGAGUCGCUUCAAGGAAAUUUUAUGUUCAAUAAUCCCCGGAGUUCUUGGUACACCAGGAGGAAUAUUGUUGUUUCUACCAAUAUAUCAUCCCUUACAUGACAUCUUUAAAAUACAUUCAGAAGUAACUUAUUUUAUUUUAUUGGUGAUAUCUCUAUUAAUAAUUUGGUCUGCUGAUCGUGCUCCCAAACAAUAUGCGAAUGAAAAAAAGCAACAAAGCGUGCAUUGGACAACGUUCUUGUUAAUAUUUCACUUAAUUGUACAUUACACCAGCUUUUUACUAAUGCCUGUAUUUUUCAAUCCAGAAGAUGAAAUUGCUAUAGGUCUCAAAGAACCAAUAGGGCCCUGUAACGAGCACGUGCCCAUUCAGACAGCUUUUGGCAUGACGUUACAGAAGAGAAAAUAUUUAUGUGCGACGGAUUAUGAUGAGAAGUACUUUGAUUGGCAUUGUUUACCCAACAACAAACCACCUUCAAUUGGAUCACAAUGGUACACAGCCUGUGGUGUACCAUUUCCAAAUAGAGUAGAAAUGAUCGUCAUUGUAGCUCUAAUAUGUUUUGCAGCAGCGACUAUCUUUGGAAAUAUGCAUUUUGGAUCACAUGGUGAUAAUGUAUUUUCCGAAAAGGCAGACACUAAACUAUCUUCUAAAAAAAUAAAAAAACACUAAAUUAAUAAAAUCAAUCUUUACAUUAUCAAAAGAA